GGGGGAGACGGAGAAAAAAGGAGAGAAGGGGGAGGCGGCAUCAUGAAGACUAUAGCCGGUAUCUAAGCUAUCGGACGGGGAGAGCAUCUCGUCCUCCUUCGCUCUUUUAGGAGACGUCUGAAAGCGAAGAGAAGAGGAUGGAGAAGACGAGUCCGUUUCUUUGUGGUGUGGUGGAAGGAUUCUAUGGGAGGCCAUGGUCUAUGGACCAGAGGAAAGUUCUCUUCCACUGGAUGCAACAGUGGGGGCUGAACACCUACUUGUAUGGUCCCAAAGACGACUUAAAACACAGACUGUUGUGGAGAGAAGUCUAUUCACCUGAAGAGGAGGCUCAGCUGCGUACUCUCAUAGCAGAGGCCCAUUCAAGAGGCCUGAGGUUUGUUUACGCCCUCUCUCCUGGUCAGGACAUUGUCUUCUCUUCUUCCUGUGACCUGACACUGCUCAAACGCAAACUGAGACAAGUUUCGGACCUGGGUUGCCAGGCAUUUGCCAUUCUGUUUGAUGACAUUGAUCACUCCCUGUGUCAGGCUGACAGCGAGGCCUUCUCUUCAUUCGCCCAUGCUCAGGUCACUGUAACCAAUGAGAUCUAUCGAUUUUUGGGGGAUCCACCUGUCUUCCUCUUUUGCCCAACAGAAUACUGUGGUUCUCUGUGUUCUCCCAGUGUAUCCAAGUCUCCCUACCUGCAGACUGUUGGAGAAGACCUGCUUCCCAACAUCACAGUAAUAUGGACAGGCAGCAAGGUCAUCUCUCGGAAACUAUCUGUUGACUGCCUGGCUGAGCUGGAGUCUGUCCUCCAGCGCCCGCCGCUCAUCUGGGACAACCUGCAUGCUAAUGACUAUGACUCCAGACGUCUCUUCCUGGGGCCAUUCAAGGGCCGAGAGCCCCAGCUGAGGAGCCACCUGAGGGGCUUGUUGCUGAACCCAAACUGCGAGUUUGAAGCCAACUACAUCCCACUGCACACACUGGGGAGCUGGUACAGAUCUGGAGAAGAGGAGAGGAAAGAUGAGGAUUGUGAGUACUGUCCGGACAGAGCUCUGUCUGCUGCACUACAUGAUUGGAUGGAGGAACUCAACCAACCACUGCAAGCAGGUCGGCAGAGCACAAGAGCAGACCAGCGUUCCUCCGCUCUUUCGUCUCGCUGCAAAACACCUGAACGAUCUGAUGGUCCCUCCUCAUUCAGAGGGACCUCAGCCGUGGCUAAACUCCCUGUCUUCCCCCUGAACUCCAGCUCACCUCCAUCCUCACCUACUAACGUCAAGGGAGAGAGGGAGGGCCGAGAUGGGGAGAUGAAGAGGUCAAUUCAGCCUAGUCAACCACUUGGAUCCAGACUUGGAGCACCCUCAGGGGGGAACCGAGGACAGAAGGCCAAUGAUCAAGGGCUCUGUGGUGGGAAGGGCCUACUAAGUGAAUCCCAAGUACGGCUGCUGGUUGGUCUUCACUAUCUUCCUCAUGAACAUGGUCCAUCUGCACAGAAAUUACUACAGGAUCUGACCUGGCUUAAAUCAAACUGCCAAGCAAUCAGUGCUAACAGCAAAAAGGCACCUCAGAAAGUCGAUGAGUGGCGUGGUCGAGCCUCUGGGUUCUUGUCUCUGUGCGAUGAAAUUGCACAACUCCACUACAGCGUGGUGGGCGGGGCUAACAGGGCUGUGCUCUAUGACCUUUACCCUUAUGUGUGGGACCUUAGGAACAUGGCUCUGGUGGCAAAGGCCUUCGUAUACUGGCUGGAUGGCCGAGUGUUGAGUGACAGCUCCACCCUGGGUUCCUGGAGGAACUGCUUCCACUGGUGUGGGAAGACGACCGGAGCUGACCUACUGGGAGUAGAAUCAGAGCCAUGGGUGUUCAAAGGAGGCGUGUCAGGGGAAGUGCAGAUGCUUCUCCCAGUAGGUAGCAACAGUGAGCUCUUCAGUCAUCCUCCUCCUCUCUUCCCUACCUCUCGUCUUUAUAACAUCAGACCCUACCACGGCAAGGACAAGAUGGAGUUGUACCGUAUGGUCCGACAGCUUCACCUGAGGACUCAGGGUGGCCAGGAAUCCAAUUUUGCUCACCCAGAUGUCGUAGGAGACAGGUGUCUUGGGCCGUGCCUGGCGAUGUGCCCAGAGUACAGCUUCAUCCUGGAGGAUGAGCUGGGUGUAUGUGGCUGUGUGUUGGGCAUCUUUGAUGUUCGUUCGUUUGCUAAGCGAUGCCAGGCCAGCUGGAUACCUGCCAUGAGGGACAAAUACCCCCCCAAAGUAGGCACAACACACCCCAAAACACAGGAUUUGAUCCAGCUGAUGGAAGAGGACCAGGGUGAGUACCCAGACUCGCUCCUUUAUCACUUCCCCUCCCAGCUGCGACUGGAUGCUCUGCCGGAGCUUGUGGACAUCAGCAUCAGCCGCACCCUGCUCAUCGCCCUCCUCACUGCACUCAAGGCAAAUGGUUCUCAGGGCGUGUUCUGUGAAGUGCAGCCCACUGACCGUCAGAGGCUGGAGUUCCUGACGAAACUGGGCUUCCUGGAGAUCCUCAGAGGAGAAGCCAGGAGCAGAGAGGGAGUGGUGCUGGGGAGGCUGCUCUGAACAUAAAACACAAACACACACAAGCACAUACAUAGUUUGUCUCUCACACAUAAACAAGUAAACACACACUAGCACCCAUGCAGUAGAUACACAAAGUAAAGUACACUCAGAAAACACUCUGUCAGUUGAGAGAAACUUAAAGAUGUGUCUGUGUGACACUGAUCGGGAUGAACGCAGAUAUUUGUGAGGGAUUUACACAAUAUAAAUUAAGCCUUUAAUGUAAACCUUUAGCAGAGCUGUGCGAAUCUUUCUGGGAUUUAACCUCUGUCUGAAGAUUACAAGGUUUAGUCAAAAUUCAAGGUAGCAACAUAAAUAUGAUAGGAUAUGAAAGCAGAGCAGCAAAAAAAUAAUCUCUGUGGGCCAUGAGUCAUUCAUAAUCAUCCCUUAUGUGACUAUAAUCAAUAUUCUAACAAUGAAACAUCCUGGGAGUUUCCACUUUGCAGCUGAAAAGCUCAGGCUGGACAUUCAAUUCACUUGAAUUCAAUUUUAUUUGUAUGGCCUCAAGCAUCAAAUGCACUGAAGUGUGUGUAGGGAAUAUGAAUCGACUGAUUCAACAGUAGUUGAAGCAUGGAAAUUUUGAUAGCAGAUUAAUCGGUAGAUAGCCCCGUAUCCCCCACUCCUCAAGGAAAAACAACAAAAGAAAAGGCAAUAACAAUAUUUAAAAUUAAAACCAAAAAAAAGUUUUUAUAAAGGAUAGCACAGAAACAAAUUAAGUGUAUUUACAUACUCCAAUGACCUAAAGUCAUUGUGCAUCUAUUACCACAAGGUGGCAGCAGCAGCAAGUGUUUGUUCAGUGGACUAAAGAAGUGAUGACAUUUACAAUGUUUCUUUAAUGCAUCAGCAAAAAGUGUUUGGUUCAUGGGUUGCAAGUGUGUUUGCAGAGGUUAAGGGAUUUACGAAGUUCAUUGAAUGUACCUCUAAGCUCAACAUGCGGUGGAAUCUGCAUCAUGUGAUUUCAUGGCAUGUUGUUUUUGUUAACAAUAAUCAGGAGAAAUUCACACAGCAAAUGUGGCCUUUAAAUGAGCAAAUAUGGCAUUUGUUCCAUUAUUUGUUCUAGACAUGCUACUAGCCAGUGGCAACCAUGGCUGUGGAGCCUUCAUGCAGGGUGAUAAUAUAUGUGGGUCUCCACAGGACAAGUGGAGGCAGCACAGCCAUCAGCCACUAUGGGAACCAGGGUCCGUGGAUACUAAUAGAGUGUAAAAUUGUCCUAUUGGAGCAGAUUAAUGGGCUAAAACAAUGAAUCGGUCGACCUCUAGAACAAAGAGCUACUGUUCGUCACACCUGACCUGCGCUGAACCACCUACACAAACCAUGUAAAAGAAGCGUUUUUACCUUUGACCAUCUUGUUUCUUGCAGUUACUGUUAGGUAAUUAACAUAAUAAUUAAUGAGCUUCAUAGGUGCACAUAGGUUGUUAAAGCAAGACUCAUACACCCAGCCCCUCCACUUUCUUUGUUCUAACUAAGCUCCAUUUAGACAUAACAUUGGCAGCAAAUUUAAUUCUGGAAACAAGUAAACAAGGCUAUUUCUCAAAAUGCGAAAACUAUCCCUUUAAGCUGACAUAAUGUAAUUCACUUCUGAAGAAGACCACAGUCAAUCUUUGUGCUCUGCUCCCUUUGCUUCAUAUUAACAAAUCUUUUCUCUUCAAAGUUAUAUUUUUUUUUUCUUUUUUAUAGUCCACGAUGUCACUGUUUACACUUGCUUAUCUUAGAUGAACGUUUACAUGCAUGAUGAACAAAACAUUGUGUGGCUUUUCACAAAGAAAGAUUAUUACUUGCACUGACAACACCAACAUACACAAAUAUCAUCUCAAUGGAAUGAUCUAACAUGGCAUUAUGAAUAAAGAUCUUUUUUACUGAGAUUUUCUCAGCUGUCAUAGCUAAAAUGUCUGAAGAGAAAUAAAUGCAAUUGCAUGCACGCUUUAAUUCAUAAAAUAUUUCUCUGUGCAUGAAAUCAUUAAGAUACAUUAAACAAAACACAUUUAUCUGAGGUUUACUCCUGGUUAGGUUAGAUAUAAUGGAUACCUCUCCCUCAUUUCAAUAUUUACAGUAUUGUCAGAUACUCCACCAGUGCGUGUGCGCGUAUGUGAGUAUUCUUUGUAUGAGGUGUGUGUGUGCAUGCACCAAAUAUACCAACUAAAAACAGCCAUGUCAUUCUGCCUUUAUUCCAUACCAUAAUGAACACAAGCGCACACACACAAACAAACACCGUCACGACAAAAGAAGCACAAUAGCACUCACAAUCAGAUCUUCAACUGAAAGUAUGUAAAAGAAAAAGAAAAAUAUGAAUGUUUUUGUAAUGCAGCUUAAAAGCAACACAACUUCAAUUUGGGCAAGUAUUUCUACUUCUACUUUCGAUUUUUUUUUAAUUUCUAUUGCUUGAUCAAUCCCAGACUGAAAGUCACUUUUGUAUGUCUCUUCUCGUUACCAAACUCAUCACCAUUGUCUGUGAAGUUCUUCAUUGUAAGAUUAUAGUCCCAGAAAUGAGAAUUGUGUUGAUAAAAAAAAAUAACGUAAAGCACUGAGAUAGAAAUGCAUGAUGUAAAGAAUAAUUUUAGAAAAGAUGUCAUUGUUUGAAGGUCGUACACCACACGAGUUACAGUCUCAUUUAAAGAUGUGUGUUUGGUGAAGGGGAAUAACUAUUAUCUUGACACACAGGCAACGUGAAGCACUGUGAAAACAGAGACUCAACAAUGGAUGGCUAACAAUAAUAAUAAUAAUAAUAAUGAUAAUAAUAAUAAUAAUAAUAACAUUAUAAUGAGUUGCCUUCAAAUUCCAGGCUUAAAAAGCCAAACACUCUGUUCCAUUUCAGAGACACAUUACCUGUCGAUUGUGUUUACUCACUGCCUGCCUGCAAUGAGAUAAAUGUUUGUUUUUACAGUGAGUUCCAGUCGAGUGCUAUUUAGUUAUGUCUAUGCAGAAUAAUGGAAAGGUUCAUAUUAAUAACUGUAGAGUUUGUCGUGUUUUUAUUGAUAAUAGUAAAAUUUUGACAAUUUACGAUGAUUUAUUGAUCUGAUUUGUUAAUUUCAUGCAAAUUAAAAUGUGUUUUUUUUCCCUUUAA